UUGAUUGAUGAUAAUUAAUUUUUACCGGAAAUAAAUUAACAACAACGAAUGAAUUGAAAAUGAAUGAAAAUUGUCAAGCAUAUCAAUGUGUUAAUGUUUAUCAAACAUCGGCUACAUCGGAAAAUUUGAGUAGGCAUGAAAUGCUCAAUUGGGUAGAUGGAUCGCUAGAGGCCGAUUUUAAAAAAGUUGAAGAAUUAUGUUCGGGUGCCGCUUAUUGUCAAUUCAUGGACAUGCUAUUUCCUGGUUCUAUUCAAUUGAAAAAAGUCAAAUUUCGUACCAAUCUGGAACAUGAAUAUAUACAGAAUUUUAAAUUAUUACAAGCAGCAUUCAAAAAAGUUGGCUGUGAUAAGGAAGUAAUGAUCAACAAAUUGGUCAAAGGACGAUUUCAAGAUAAUUUUGAAUUUUUGCAAUGGUUUAAGAAAUUUUUCGAUGCCAAUUAUGAUGGACGUGUUUAUAAUCCGUAUGAAGCACGUGGACGACAACCAAUGGGUUCAGCUGUGAAUGGUCCAAAUCAUGCCAGUAAUCGAGCAAUGAUCAAUAAACCGGCUGUGCCAUCACAAACACGUGCAUUUGCUCCGGCCAAUAAAAUUGCCCAAUCAUCCACACGACCAUCUGGCUAUUCAAAUAAUGUACGCAAAAAUGAUCUAGAUUCGGACGUAAAAAAAUUGGAUGAAAAGAUGAACGAAUUAUCAUUGCUUAAUGAUACAUUGGCACGCGAACGAAAUUUUUAUUUCAGUAAAUUACGUGAAAUUGAAGUUCUAUGUCAAAAUGAAUCCACCAAUGAAGCUGAAAAAGAGAUUAAGGAUCAGAUAUUGAAUAUUCUUUAUGCAGUGGAAGAUGGAUUUACAUCGCCAACUGCUAUAGCCGGAGAGGAAUAUGAUGAUCAAUUGGCUGCUGAAGGAGAGUAUUGAAUAUUUCCUAUUUCAUUUCAUUUCAUUUCACGAGCCGAAACAACAUCCAUUCAACACAACCCGAUUCAUAAUUUGAGGCAAUUUUUUCGUAUAAUCUGGAAUGAAACAAAGUCCGGAUUUAAUGAUACAUUUUUUUACUAUAUGAUUUGAUUACUUAACUCUUCACCUUUUAUCAGACACACAUACACACACACACACUUACAAAAAAUGAUUGAUUCAUUUAUUUUUCUCUUGACUCAUUACCAAUUAAUUCGUUUUAUAGAUAAAAAUAUUUAAAAAUACAA